AAACAGAUAGGAGUACAAUCUAAAUGAGCUAUUUUACACUCUGAAUUUGAAGACAAAUUUGCAAAUGGAAAACAGAAAAGUCAAUCUCAAUUGAGAAUGCAAACAGCAAGUGACAACAUAAUGGAGGAAGGGAGAAUUCAAGGCCAUAUGGUACCUAUCGUGGGAUCCACUUUGAGGAUCAAGAGUGAAUGUAUCAGAGUGGUUCUAGCUGAGACCCUCUGCACAUUCAUCAUGAUGGUGUUUGGUCUCGGGUCUGUGGCCCAAGUAGUCACGGGAAGUGGAGUAUUUGGAGAGUACCUCAGUAUAAAUGUGGGCUUUGGGCUGGGCGUGGCGAUGGGCGUGCACAUUGGUGGCAAAGUGUCAGGAGCUCAUAUGAACGCAGCCGUUUCAUUCACAAUGUGUGUGUUUGGCCGUUUGCACUGGAAAAUGCUCCCAUUAUAUGUCCUCGCCCAGUUUAUUGGUUCCUUCCUUGCAGCUGGGACUGUAUUUUCACUUUAUUAUGAUGCUAUACAUCAUUACUGUGGGGGCAAUUUCACUGUAUCUGGCCCAAAAGCAACAGCUGGGAUCUUUGCAACAUAUCCAGCCCCUUACAUCUCAAUCUAUACAGGAUUCUUAGAUCAGGUUCUGGGCACUGCCAUGCUGCUGCUGUGUCUGAUGGCCUUUGCAGACCAGAGAAACCAGCCGGUUAUUCCUGGAGGUGAACCUGUGAGUGUCGGGCUCCUGGUGCUUCUGAUCGGAAUCUCUCUGGGGAGCAACAGUGGCUAUGCCAUCAAUCCCACACGAGACUUAGCGCCAAGAGUCUUCACACUGAUUGCGGGUUGGGGCCUUGAUGUGUUUAGGGCAGGCAAUGGCUGGUGGUGGGUACCUCUGGUGGCACCCUUAUUUGGAGGAGCGAUUGGGGCUUUAAUCUACAAAGCUUUUGUAGAGCUACACCAUUACAGUGACAUAAAGACACAAUCUAUAAGGGAUCCUGAAUGUGUUCCUCUAGAUAAGUGCAAGAACGGUAGUACAGAGAUAGGUGUGUGAGAGUUCAGUUAUCAUAGACCAAGAAUGGGAUAGGGACCAAAAAAAGGGAAGCGUCUUCUCUACUAGGACACACUGUCUCUAUCACAGGGAAGCCAGGCAUUUUCCAGACCAAAUGAGAAAGGCCAACCUUCAGGAUAUCUUCAGAAUUCUUCAUCUGAGCUACAGAGAAACUUGAUCCCUCUUAUCUACAGAGGAAUAAGCUACUGAAGAAUCUCAGGGCGUAAUUUAAGUAUCAAAAAGAGAAGUUUUAAAGAAUCUUUUCCAAACAAUGACAGUUCAAUAGUGACCACAACUGUCAAGCUCCAAAAAGACACAACAAAUGUACAAUUAAAUGAUCAUAACCUGCAUUUCUUUACAAUACAUGCGAGAACCAAUUCCACUGGGCUUCAAUGAUUUUCCUUAAUGUGAAUGCGGACGCAAAGAAAUUUCAGAACUUUGACAUGGGUUGACUAUCUCUGAACUCGUAUAUCUUUAAUUCGUUAAAAUCAGUCAACAAAUGCAAAAUAUAUCUGAUUUAAGGAAAUCUUUAAUAGUUAUGUGUUAUUUUUUCCAUACACCCAUUCAUGGGCGUCAACACAUGAAUAUAAAUUAAGAAUAAAAGCCAAGCAUGAGCUAACAGUACAACGUGC